UUUAAAAUAAUUAUACGUUAAUAAAUAAUACGUUAAAUCCGUUAGACAGGCUGGCCGGAAUGUUGGCUAAACUGCAGCUUUGUUAUGAAUGGCAUUUCUUCUACACCAGAAUUAUAAACAUUGAGACUAAAACUAGUCGAAAUACUGAAGCUAGUUGACCGGCUACCAGUACUAGUUUAACAUCUGAUAUUAAAAAAUAAUAAUAAUAAAUUAUCAUUAAACGUUUCUUAUUGUGUAAACACAUGACGCUUUACCAUAUUAGGAAAAAGUUCGCUUCACUCCCCCUUUUUAUUUAUAGCGCCAUCUGGCGAUCAUUUCUUACAACAUAUGCUAAUUUACAGUAUAAGCAAAGUUUGACCUAACGCAACCACAGUUAUUAUGGAAAGUAGGAUAAAGUCAGCGAGAAUUAUGUGAAAUAGUAGCAUGAGGAAUAACCUUUGCUGUUUAAACUUCAUAAAUAUGGUGGGGUUUUUUAGUGAUGCUGAACUGAAAAUGAGAUUUGACUGAACCCAAACAAUUGGCUCCAAUGACUUGUGGUUUGACGUUUCUUCAGUUCACCACACAACUUUAGCUCCUCCACUUCCCAUUUACUAUUUGAUGUACGAAAUUUGAAGAAAAACUCAACCAUUGUUUAUAUUCUGUCACAUAGCCUCUCAUUAAAUGUGUAUAGAGAUAUAUUACGAAUAAAAGUACACCUUGGAAGGACGUUUGAGAGAUUGUUGGUGCCUCUGGUGAGGUUAGUAGGUAGUACAGUUAGCUUACUUUGCUAAUCUGUCAGUAGAUAUAGUGCAAAGCCUAGCAUGCAUCAUUGUCAUUUAACUUAGCAUUUUAUUUUCAUUUUAUUUUAUUUUUAUUUUCCUUAUUUUUUAAAGGUAAGGUUGACAUUUGCAUGGAAUUGCACAACUACACUUCUUUCCUUUAAAAAAAAAAUCUUUAUAAAGUUUUAUGGAUUGAUUCAUUACAUAAAGGCAUUGAGAUUGAGAAUAAUGUAAAUGUGAACAAUGUACAUGUGAGGCCUAAAUAUAAAACUUAGCAUUUUAAACAAAAGUGAUGUGUACAUUAUGUAUAGUGGGCUGUAGGUUAGGAAUUUGACCAUUUCUACUGCCGUUUCUCAUUGUAACAACAACAACAAAACAAAAAAAAAAACAACCACUGGAUAGUAUGUGCCCACAAUAGACAAACUAUAAACAACUUGUUGCUUGCUAGAAUUAUAAACAUGAGCAUAAUUUCAUUAAGAAAUGUCACAGACAGGGCUGUGUAUUAACUAUCAUUUUAUCACUGUCUCUAAAACUGUUACAUUUUAUAUAUAAAUAUUAAUAAGCUAGCCUGUGAUUACUAUAUGUUGGAUCCACGUCAUUUUUAAAGUGUUUUCUUUUUAACACAUUCCUAACACUCUUGACUUCAAUUAUUAGUUUAAUAACAAGCCUUUAUGAGGUUAAAACUCUUAGUGGGGCCGGCCUGAGAAACACUGCUCGUAUUUAUCUGACCUUAUCUGUUUAACAUGUUCUCACUUUUAAACGUCUGUGUGCAUGUCAGCUUGUCUGAGUGGUGUCUUCUCACAAUGUGCAGUGCCUGACUAGAGUUUUCUCACCACCCUCUUGUUUUUCACCACUUGUCCGCACUUCUGCUAAACUGCUUAACUUUUUAAGAAUAAAAAUAGCUUGAGUUGAACUGAUCUCAAAUCAGCAAACAGAGACAGAGAGCUUAACACUGUCAUGCACUGUACUUAUAAUCUCUUAUUUCCUGAUGCUGUAUUGGUGUGAAAGUGUGUGUGUACGCCAGUUUAGUCUUGCUCUUAUUGUGCACACAUCAUUGUGGGAGGAGCCAUUAUGUUUUGCGGGUCCUCUCUGCUGCUCUCCCUGCUCCUGCCCCUGACCGUCACCCUGUUUCUCCGUGACACUGCUUCAGCCUCUGUCACUAGGAAACAUGGUUUUUCUGUGGUGUGGAACAUGCCCACCUCAAAAUGCAAGCGUGUCUUUGGUGUUUCACUGCCCCUGCAGCAGCAUGGCAUCAUAUCUAAUGCAGAACAGAGAUUCACAGGUGAGAACAUAAGUCUAUUUUACGAAUGCCGACUUGGUUUGUAUCCCUACAUCACUCGCGAUGGCUUGAGUGUGAAUGGCGGGAUUCCUCAGAAGGGCAAUCUUGACGGACACCUUGCACUGUCGGAGGAACAGAUCACUGCACUUCUGCGGAACAGUUUCAGCGGGUUGGCUGUGGUGGACUGGGAGAAGUGGCAACCUCAGUGGCGCCGUAACUACGGAACCCGACAGGCCUACAAUGAUCUGUCUAAGCAACUGGUACGACAAAAACAUCCAGACGUGUCUGAGGAAGAAGUAAAAUCACUGGCAAAGGCUGAGUUUGAGGAAGCUGCACAGUCGUUUAUGGAGAAAACGCUACGAGUCGGAGUCAAGGCUCGUCCCAAGGGAUUGUGGGGGUUUUACGGAUACCCUGGCUGCUAUAAUGACCACGGAGCAAAAGAGAGUGGGUACACCGGACAGUGCAAACCUGGAACAGAGGCACUAAAUGACAAACUGGCGUUUUUAUGGCAGCAGUCCACUGCUCUCUACCCAAGUGUGUAUGUGCGCCGUGGGCUAGCGGGACACCCAAACACACGGCUUAUGGUAAGACACCGUGUACUCGAGGCAUUCCGAGUAGCAUCACAGCAUGGACGUGAGACUUCCCGACUUCCUGUUCUACCUUAUGCUAGAGUGGCCUUUACAAAAACUCUGCACUUCUUAAAUCAGACUGAUCUCGAGAACACACUUGGUGAGAUUGCGUCUUUAGGUGCUGCUGGUGUAGUGUUGUGGGGUGAAAUGGGGUUUGCCAAGUCCAAGCACCAGUGUGUUCUUCUCCGGGACUACAUACGCUCGGUCUUGGGUGUGUACGUGGACGCUUUGCAUCGGAGUGUGGCACAUUGCAGCAAGAGUGUGUGCAGUGCUAACGGUCACUGCGUAAGACGUGACCCUCAUUCCGGUCACAUGAUUUCCCAGCUCGACGCUAGGAGUGAAUUUGACCGUGACCUGAGGUCAAAAUUCAAAUGUGUGUGUUAUGAAGGAUGGAGUGGAGAACGGUGUGAGAACAGUGAAAGACAUGGAUGUGAAGUGAAGCCAGUAACACCACUUACAUAUACUGUUUAAAUUUUGAAUUUUAAUUCAAAUUCUGAAAGGUGUACUAAUUUUUACCCCUUGUAAUAAAUCACUGCCAG